UACAGCCCAGUUUCCGGGUGUGGCUGGGCGGAAGCGCUGUUCCUGUUUCAGGGAGGGGUUCGGUCACAGCCGGGCUUCCUGGGGAUUUGUCGGUUGUUGCCGAUAGCUGCACGUCCGGAGCACUACGCGAGCCGCCAGCAUGGGAACCAGGGACGACGAGUACGACUAUCUGUUCAAAGUUGUGCUGAUUGGAGAUUCCGGAGUUGGGAAAAGUAAUCUCUUGUCUCGAUUCACUCGCAAUGAGUUUAACCUAGAGAGUAAAAGCACCAUUGGGGUGGAGUUUGCCACUAGGAGCAUCCAGGUGGAUGGGAAAACAAUCAAAGCUCAGAUAUGGGACACUGCUGGACAGGAACGAUACCGUGCAAUCACCUCGGCGUAUUACCGAGGAGCUGUGGGUGCGUUGCUGGUGUAUGAUAUUGCCAAGCAUCUCACCUACGAGAAUGUUGAAAGGUGGCUAAAAGAACUGAGGGACCACGCCGAUAACAACAUAGUCAUUAUGCUGGUGGGCAACAAGAGCGACCUGCGUCAUCUGAGAGCUGUGCCCACUGAUGAGGCCCGGGCAUUUGCAGAGAAGAAUGGUUUGUCCUUCAUUGAGACUUCUGCCCUGGACUCUACAAAUGUGGAGGCAGCUUUCCAGACCAUCCUGACAGAGAUUUACCGCAUUGUGUCUCAGAAGCAGAUGUCUGACAGACGUGAGAAUGACAUGUCCCCCAGUAACAACGUAGUCCCCAUACAUGUCCCUCCCACCACUGAAAAUAAACCAAAGAUGCAAUGCUGUCAGAACAUAUAAUGGCUGCUGCCUGCACUGUGCCAGGCUUCCGAUCCCUGUGUCCAGCUCUGGAGGUGCCAGGCUCUGUACCUGUUCAGUUCUAGAGGUGCCAGGCUCUGUAUAUUCCCCACGUCCUGCACUGGACUCUUUUUGGAAUUCUUUUAUUUUUUGUUUUUGUUUAUAUAUUAUUAUUUUUUUUUGUUUUGAGUGUACGUGUGUAAGAACUUUAAUUUUACUAUUCCAUCUGGAUUUUUACAUGUCUUAAAUUCUUAUGAUUUUCAGUUUUCUGUAUUAAAGAAAUGAUCUAAUUCUUCUUUCUCUCUCUCUCCCCCCCCCCAUGUGCCCUGCCUUUUCCUCCUUACCUCUUCUCUAAAGAUUAGAUGAUUCCAAGUCUGCCCUACCCCCCUCUUGUCUCCACUCAGAGAUGUCUGUAUAAUAUAUGAAAUAAAAGCAUGUUGCCUGCUGGAGGCAUACUCUCCUAAUAACUUGUGACUCAACAGCUGGUUUUUCUUUUGUUUUUGUUUUUUGUUUUUUUCUUUUUCUUUUCACACUAAUCUAGUAAGAGGUAAUGUCACUUGUAUGUCACUCAUUGCUAGAACCGCUGUUUUGAUCUAUAGAAACUACAUUAAAAAACAAACAGGUGUGAUGUGUAAUAAAGUGUUUAUACUGUUAAA